AUGGGAUGUCUGGAAGCUCAGAAGACUGACUAUGCCUCGUACCAGCUGAUUGGUGAAGCUUUGACUUGGUGCACCAGUGCGAGGGCUUUGCUUCGAGCUCAAAAUGUUGAUCUGACUUGGGCAGUGUUCAGACGGGUUUUUCUCGACAAGUAUUUUCCUAAGGCCAUGAGAAGAAUGAAACACACUGAGUUGCUGUCACUCCGACAGGAUAAUAUGACUGUCAACGAGUAUAUUGCUAAGUUUGGGCAGUUAAUGGAAUAUGCCAAUUUUGAUCGGAACAUCUAUGACGAGGAGUGGCAGGUGGAAAAAUAUGAAAGUGGACUGCACCCGAAGAUCCACAAACUCAUGUUGACUACGGAAAAUCGUACUCUGCCUGAAUUAAUUAAUCAGAGUCGGCAAGCGAAAGAAAUUAUCAAUGAAGCAAGGAAUCUGUCUAAACAGCCAGUGCAAUCACAGGGAAGAAGUAGAGUUGGCCGGUUCUUCAGAAAGAUUACCGGAAUGAAUAGAGGCAAGGGUCCGCAGUUGCAAGCUCGGACUAGUAACUUUAAGAGGAAUAAUGCUCCUGGACAAUCUUCAGUCGGACGACAGGGUCCCAAUGCUUGUGCUACUUGUGGAAAGAAUCAUGCUGGAAUCUGCCGACGUAGAAACAAUUUAUGCUACGGGUGUGGACAGUCAGGACACUUUAUUUCUGAUUGUCCACAGAAUCCUAAUCGACCUCCUACUCAAGCUUGGGUGUUCACCCUUGAUGCAAAUGAAGCUCAAAAGUAUCUGAAUCUGAUUCGAGGUAAUGUAAUUCUGAAUGGUUAUCCCCUUUCUGUUAUCUUUGAUUCUGGAGCAUCAGGUUCUUUUAUUGUGGGGCACACUGCUAUGAGAAUAGGUAUCACCCCGGCUCCGUUACCUUGUGAGUUACAAAUCAGUACUCCUACUGGAGGAUCUUGUACUGCAUCAGAAAUCUGCAGGGGUUGUAUUCUUCAAUUUGAAGGGAACACUUAUACAGUGAAUUUAGUGGUUCUACCGGUAUUCAGUCUUAAGGUGAUUAUCGGUAUGGACUGGUUGGCGGAGAACGGAAUAACUUUGGACUGUCAAGUAGGGAAGGUCAUUGUUCCUUCGAAAGAUGGUAAUUUUCAGCCUUUUGCUACUAUUUCUUUAUUACAAGUUAGAAAAGAACUCCUUCGGGGAGCUGUAGGGUAUCUAUUAUCGAUUGAGGCUGAGACUUCGGUUGACAAUAAAAUUCAGAAUGUUCCUGUUGUUAAUGAAUUCAAGGAGGUGUUCCCUGAUGAAAUUCCUCGAUUACCUCCUCAUCGGGAGAUAGAAUUUCCCAUUGAACUUCUUCCUGGAGUUGGACUAUUUCCAUUGCUCCUUAUCGUAUGGCACCGUUAG